AAUGAGUUGGUCUUUGAAUACAACAAAUUGCUGGAUGAACAAAUAGCCAAACUUAAUGCCGAAUUUCCUGAUGCUCAGAUGGUGUUCUGUGAUGUAUACAGUGGAAUGAUGGAGAUUAUCAAUAAACCAUGGCUUUAUGGUAAAUUUUUUUUCUCUAUAUAACUUCACCUAUAGGUUAUAUAGAAUGGCAGAAUAAGCAAACACAGUGAGUUUGAAAACACGUCGAAAAAACUGCAAAUGUGAAUUCAAUGCAUAAGCUGAAGUAAACGUGAAUCCGUAACCAUGUAAACAUGAAACCAAAUACACUCAUAAUACGAGUCCAAAAUCAAUUAUUGGGAAAGUCAGGCUAAUAGAACUGAGAGUUUCCUAUGCUGAAUGUUGGGUAUGUUCAAGCAUUUGAAAUUAACAAGCAGCCAUGUGAAUAAAUUAAUCAAGUGUUUCUUUCAUUGUACAGGUUUUGAAGACGCAAAGAGGGCAUGUUGCGGACUUGGUCUGAAUGGUGCAAUGAUAGGGUGUGUUUCCAUGGACAUGGCCUGUGAUCAAGCUUCAACCCAUAUUUGGUGGGAUUUAUACAACCCUUCACAAGCAGUCAACUCCAUCCUUGCUGAUGCAGCCUGGUCUGGCCAACCAAUCCCUAAUCUUUGCCGUCCUAUCACCAUCCAUGAAUUAGUGAACAUGGAAAUCUAGCAAUUUUACCUUUGCAGUUACAAAACUACACAAAAACUCACUCAUAAAGAAAAGUUUCAGAACAAUUUGGAGUUGAACAUUUUUAUAAAGCCAUAGGCUAACCCCACUGCCAGGUUUUGAUUUGAAAACCAUUUCUUUAUUAUAAUCCAACAGCACAAAACGGGUUUUGGUGCUGACAACAUUUGUCUUUGUCCGCUGAAUUCGAUUUAAAGUAUGCAUUAACAAUACUAAACAAACAAGAACUUGAAAAAGAUACCAACUGUUCAACUUUAGUAAAGAAAAUGUAAAAAAUUAUUACACCCACGCUCAAAUUGGAGAAAAACCCUAAAUCACAGACACUAACCUAAAAUCCUAAGACACCAAAACACUUCAUUCUUCACCAUUCUCAAUGGCUGCAAAAAUUGGAACUUGUUUCUAUUUACCUUCAUUUUCCACUCCAACCCCAAAACCCAAAUCCAACUUUCACUCCCUCACCAUCACAGCCUCCAAAUCCACUCGCCCAUCCUUCACCGGCCGCAAGCUUCGGGCGGCAGUAAUCGGAGGCGGCCCCGCCGGAUCCUCCGCGGCGGAGGCCCUAGCCUCCGGCGGCGUGGAGACCUUCCUAUUUGAGCGUAACCCGCCGUCGGUCGCGAAGCCAUGCGGCGGUGCCAUUCCCCUCUGCAUGCUCGAAGAGUUUAACAUCCCUCACCACCUCAUCGACCGCCACGUCACGCACAUGCGCAUCUUCUCCCCUUCCAACAUCGCCGUCGACUUCGGCAAAACCCUACACCCUCACGAAUUCAUCGCCAUGCUCCGCCGUGAGGUCCUCGAUUCCUUCCUCCGCUCCCGCGCCCAGUCCGCGGGCGCCACCGCCGUCUCCGGCCUCGUCACUAGCCUCGACCUUCCCGCCACAACAAACGCACCCUAUACCGUCCACUACACGACCAACGGCUCCUCCAGGCGCUCCCUCGCCGUAGACGUCGUGAUCGGCGCGGACGGCGCCAACAGCCGCGUCGCGAAAUCGAUCGGCGCCGGCGACUACACCUGCGCCAUCGCGUUCCAGGAGCGUAUCAAAUUACCGGACGAGAAAAUGGCGUAUUACGAAAAUCUCGCGGAGAUGUACGUAGGUGAAGACGUAUCCCCAGAUUUCUACGCGUGGGUUUUCCCCAAGUGUGACCACGUGGCAGUUGGGACGGGUACGGUGCGGUGCAAGCAGGAUAUUAAGUUGUACCAGCGCGCUAUCAGAGAAAGAGUGAGGCCGAAGAUCAACGGUGGAAAAGUGAUUAAAAUUGAGGCCCACCCGAUUCCGGAGCACCCGCGUCGGGUUCGGGUCAGAGGACGCGUGGCACUCGUAGGGGACGCUGCAGGGUACGUUACCAAGUGUUCGGGUGAGGGUAUUUAUUUUGCAGCGAAAUCGGGUCGUAUGUGCGGAAACGCUGUCGUAAAGGCUUCGGAGGGUGGUGCGAUGAUGAUCGACGAGUGUGAUCUUAGGAGGGAGUACCUUAAACCGUGGGAUGCGGAGUAUGUUAGCACUUUUAGAUUUUUGGAUCUUUUGCAGAGGGUUUUCUACGGUAGUAACGCGUCCAGGGAGGCUUUGGUGGAGCUCUGUGGGGAUGAGUACGUCCAACGCAUGACUUUUCAGAGCUAUUUGUAUAAGAAGUUGGCGCGUGGGCGAGCGUGUGAUGAUGCUAAGCUUUUCCUUAAUACCAUUGGGAGCUUUAUCAGGUCCAAGGUUGUGGCAACCCAUAUGCACACUUUGGUGCUUUAGAUACAUACCAUUAUGCAAUUCUUAAUCAGCAUUUCUGUUUUACAAUGAUCAAUGAACUAUCAUGAGUCCU